AUGCACUCGGUUGAUGAAGCUUUACGUAGGUACUCGACACCCUUUCAAAGACACCUAUCGUUCCUCGAUCGUGACGGCGAUGGCAUUAUCUAUUUCAAUGAGUCCUUACGCGGAAAUCUUGCAGUCGGGCUCGACUUUCCAGUGGCCUUCGGCAUGGCUCUAAGUUACCACGUUGUCUACGGUAACACGGGUUCAGUAUUACGUGGCCCCUUUCGAGGCAUAGAGAUUGCCAGAGUCCAAGCUACACGGAACAUGCUUGAGCAGAUCCCGCUCGAAGCUGUGCCCGUUGACGGAAUGACGCGCAGUGAGCUCGUGAACCUCUCUAGGCCUGUUGGAUUGAUGGACAGGGUCCACGUCAAUGGUCUAUGGGCACUAAGUGCAAACCGUCAAGGCUUUGUAUCUGCAAAGGAUAUCGAGCUGUACCAGCAGGGCACUAUGCUCUAUGAGCUUGAGCGACGCCGUAAGGACAACCGAGAUCACGUAUUACCACUGUAUCGGGGAGGUCCGAUGAGUGUUGCGGGACAUUCCUACUUUGUCGAUAAGAUGUUGGGCGUCAAGGUAUAUCAACAACCUAGAAACAGCAAAAACGACUAA